AUGAAACUCGUUCGGUUUCUUAUGAAAUUAACCCAUGAAAGUGUAACUAUUGCACUGAAGAAUGGAUCGAAUGUUUUCGGUACGGUUAUUGGCGUGGAUAUGUCAAUGAAUACACAUUUGAAAUCAGCGAAGUUAACACCGAAGAAUGGAGAGCCAAUUACAUUGGAUUUUAUUACAAUUCGAGGUAACAAUAUUCGAUAUUUUAUACUGCCGGAUAGUCUGCCGUUGGAUACAUUACUCGUCGAUGAUACACCGAAGGCUAAGCCGAAACGUGAACGAACUACUGUGCCUGGUGGCGGCGGUCGAGGUGGACGAGGAAGAGGUCGCGGUCGCGGUCGUGGUCGAGGUGGUCCCGGUGGUGGUGGUGGUGGUGGUGGCGGUCGUGGACGUUAA